AUGGGGAACGGCGUUUCGGUGCAAUCACAUCUCGCUGGGGAUGAGGUGCAGUCGCUAUACGCCGCUCUCGCAGGCACCACGCCGAUAUCCUUACUGAACGACGACGAAAAAGGUGAUGCCGGUGGUGAAUCUUCCUCCUCUUCUUCUUCUUCUAACGUGUGGGGUGCGCUGAGAGAUUUCCCCGAAGCUUUAAGCGCGGCUGGAAACUUGGAAAUCGAGAAAUCAGUCCACGAAUACGGUAAGCAAAUGAGUCAGAACCAUCGAACAUCGAAUAACUUGGGAAGAUUGAUGAUUUAUGUUUCGAGAGUUUUAGAAGAUGUCAACUUCGAGACGAGAGAGGUACCGACGAAAGCCAUCAACGCCGUCGUUUUACUUUCCGCAUUUCUGAAAUACUUUGUAGAAGAAACGAACGUGGAAGAAUGCGCGUGGGCGUGCAACUACGCGGGCGAGAACGCCACGAUUAGCGCUAUGCAUCAGCUUGGCACCGCUUUGUUGAGCGCGGUGUGUAUGAACAAUGCUGUUCAAGUUACGGAUGCGACGUAUCCUUUACAUCACGCGUGCGUUUCGUUGCUUUUAGUCAUGAGCGGUACACAGUUGACGCAAAAUAUGAUCGAUGGGAAAACCAAUCGACCUACAACUCACCCUUUCUUGGAAAAAAUACACGAAGUUGCAUCGACAGCCAGCGCCGCUGGGUCGCCAGGCAAAAACGGAACGACUACAACGACUACAACAUCAGCAAAAACUGGCGCGUACACGAACGAAGAUGUCGUUUCGGCAUUGUUGAGAAAUUUCAUUGAGCAGAAACAACCAAAGACGUGGUUGAAAUCUUACGGCGUGAAACCUGGAUCGAAAACGGCAAGCGCAGAAAUGAAUUCUUCCGGUGGGUCGUCGUCUUUACAAGCCGGCGGAGCGUCCGCCUCUGGUAAAGUGAUGCUCACUUUAUCACCUUUAGCCGACGUUUCCUCUCUGCUUCUCCUUGUCCUCAUCAACUUCAAUAACCCGACGAGUCGAUCGAAGGUACCGCAUUCGUUUCGAUAUGCCUUACGAAGCAUUCGAAGUAUAAAAGAAGAAAACAAAGACAUUGAAUCCGGCGUUGGAGGUAUCGAAAAAGAAGAAGAAGAAGAGAACGCAAGAAUUGAUGUAGCUGGCGUUUCAACCAGUGGGGGUAAACUGGUAGCCAAAGUAUCCUUCACAGAGUUAUAUGAAACCUUUGGUCGCGCGUUGACGAACGAUAUUUCCGUCUUGUUGUUCUAUUCGUGUAUUCUCGGCGCGUCCGAUUUUUGCGAGUACUGUUUGAACAACGACAACGUUGAGGUUGUCGUCAUGCCUCUUUUGGAAAUGUUGUACCAAGCCUCGGCUCGAACUCAAAACCAAAUCUAUAUGAUAUUGAUUGUUCUUUUAAUCAUGUCGCAAGGCGAGAUAUUCAACGCAAACGUGCACAAAAUUCAAAUACCACAACAAAUUUCCUGGUACAAGGAGAGAAUAUUGACAAAAACAACGCUUGGUAGUUUGAUCAUCAUCGUGUUGACGCGAACUGUUCGUUUUAACAUGGCGAAACUCCGCGACGUUUAUUUACAUACAAACUGCUUUGCAGCGUUGGCAAAUAUGGCACCGCAUUUCCGGGAUGUUUCAGCUUACGCAGCGCAGAGACUCGUCUCUAUUUUUGAACUCAUCGCGAAAAAAUAUUUGAGAUUCGCACAGUUGCACGCGGACGGGAUGAACGCAAAAGAAGAUGGAACAGAUAUGCACGUUUACGCGGACUUUUUGCGCAUACUUCUCGAACUUUUCAACGCCGCAUUAUCUCAAAACGCAUUAGUGCAUAAUCCAGAGUUGAUCUAUGCGUUGUUACAUCGCGAAGAAACGCUGAAACCGUUCGAGAAACACGCAAGAUUCAAGGAACUCUUAGAAAAUAUAAACGUCGUAUUGGUGCACUUCAACGAAGAAAUCGAUAGGAAACAGAGAGAACGCGGGCUCAACUCAUUUAGCAUUCCCGAUUUGACGGCUAUCAUCACAAUCGCGGCGAAAUCGUAUUCAAAACCACCGCUCCACGACUUUCACGAGUUGAAAUUUGCGUACGAAGAGGAAGAGCGGCCUGAAGAUUUCUUCACGCCAUAUGUUCAAAGUCUCUGUUUAGAAUUUUCCGGCAUCCUAUGGAAUCCAAACGCCAUCGCAUUAUUGCCUACUACUUAG